AUGUCCUCCUCCUCCUCCCUCCUUUUCUCCUCUCUUUUAUUAAUUACCUCAACGUUAAUUGUUUCUCAAAAGAUUGGAACAAUUCAAAUGAAUUUACACCAAUUUGCUCGUUGGGGAAGUAUUAAAAUGGGGGAUCAAACUUUCCAAGUUGCAUUCAAUAUUGGCUCUCCAAAUUCUUGGCUUAUAGCUAAAAAUGCUUCAUUUAAUUGGAACGAGCAAGGGUUACAACGUAAAAAAGUUAGAUAUAAUGGAAGUUCAAAAACAUCAAAAUCUUUGGGAAAGAAAUUUGAUUUUGGUGGCCCUGUUGGGAAUUUGUAUACUGACACAUUGACGAUAGACUCCGUCCAAAUACCUCAAUUUCCUUUUGGAGCAGUUACUUCAGGAAUUCCCAGCCAAUAUCAAGAUCCAUCUGGAUAUGAUGCUUUGUGCCCCAUCGAUGGAGAAUUUGGACUUUCCCCCGCUACUGGAACUUCAUCUUUAAAUUCAUUAACUAAAUCUUUGGACAAACCAAUUGUUUCUAUAUUUACAACUAAAGUCGGUACAGGUGAUGAUAAUGCUGGUUCAAUAACUUUUGGUUCAGAAAAUGUUAAGAACUGUAAACCAAAAUAUAGCUAUGUUCCAUUAGCAGAACGUUCAAAUUGGGUUAUUGGAGUUCAAUCAAUUAACAUUAAUGGACAACCUUCAUUAAAUCCUUUAGGCCCAACAAAAUUAAAAAUUACAAAUUCCGGUCUUUACAUGUAUGGACCAAAAAAGCAAUUAGAUAUUUUGGCAAAACAAUUAGGAUUUAAUAUUCCAAAAGAUUCUGGCACAUUUUACACAAAAGGAUCGUGUAAUGGAAUGGAAAAAAUGCCAAAUAUAAAUAUUAAAGUUGGAGAUAAUAAAAAACAGGCACAAAUUGUUUUGAAACCAAAACAAUAUAUGGACGUGUCUCCAAUCGGAGAAUGCCGUUUUCUAUUUAUGACAAGUGAAGGUUAUUCCCCUUCUGAAGACAACAAUUAUUGGAGUAUGGGAGCUCAAUUUUUAUUAGGGCGUUGUGUUGCCGUUAAUUGGGUUGAGGGAACUAUGGGAUUUUCUGAUGCUAAUUAAAUAAUUAAAGAAAUUGAUGAAAGGGAAGUAAAGAAAUAAUGAAAUAAAAUUAAAUAAAUGUAAUAAAUUAUAAUUAUGUAAAUGAUUUCUAUA